AGGGCACCCGGGUCCGCGCCGGCCGCUGAGCCGCUCCACGCCCCACGGCGCCCGAGUCCGCGACCAGGCCUUGAAUUUUCGGCGGGGACCGUCAUGGCGUCUCAGCCGAAUUCAUCUGCGAAGAAGAAAGAUGAGAAGGGGAAGAACAUCCAAGUGGUGGUGAGAUGCAGACCAUUUAAUUUGGCAGAGCGGAAAGCUAAUGCCCAUUCUGUAGUAGAAUGUGAUCACAUACGGAAAGAAGUUAGUGUACGAACUGGAGGAUUGGCCGACAAAAGCUCAAGGAAAACAUAUACUUUUGAUAUGGUUUUUGGAGCAUCUACUAAACAAAUUGACGUUUAUCGAAGUGUCGUUUGUCCAAUUCUGGAUGAAGUUAUUAUGGGCUAUAACUGCACUAUUUUUGCAUAUGGCCAAACUGGCACUGGAAAAACCUUUACAAUGGAAGGUGAAAGGUCCCCUAAUGAAGAAUAUACUUGGGAGGAGGAUCCUUUGGCUGGUAUAAUUCCACGUACUCUUCAUCAAAUUUUUGAGAAACUUACUGAUAAUGGUACUGAAUUUUCAGUCAAAGUGUCACUGUUGGAAAUCUAUAAUGAAGAGCUUUUUGAUCUCCUUAAUCCAUCUUCUGAUGUUUCUGAGAGACUACAGAUGUUUGAUGAUCCCCGUAACAAGAGGGGAGUGAUAAUCAAAGGUUUAGAAGAAAUUACAGUACACAACAAAGAUGAAGUCUAUCAAAUUUUGGAGAAGGGGGCAGCAAAAAGGACAACUGCAGCAACUUUGAUGAAUGCCUACUCUAGUCGUUCCCACUCAGUUUUCUCUGUUACCAUACAUAUGAAAGAAACUACAAUUGAUGGAGAGGAGCUUGUUAAAAUUGGAAAGUUGAACUUGGUUGAUCUUGCAGGAAGUGAAAACAUUGGACGUUCUGGAGCAGUUGACAAGAGAGCUCGGGAAGCUGGAAAUAUCAAUCAAUCCCUGUUGACUUUGGGAAGGGUUAUUACUGCUCUUGUAGAAAGAACACCUCAUGUUCCUUAUCGAGAAUCUAAACUAACUAGAAUCCUCCAGGACUCUCUUGGGGGACGUACAAGAACAUCUAUAAUUGCAACAAUUUCUCCUGCAUCUCUCAAUCUUGAGGAAACUCUGAGUACAUUGGAAUAUGCUCACAGAGCAAAGAACAUACUCAAUAAGCCUGAAGUUAACCAGAAACUCACCAAAAAAGCUCUGAUUAAGGAGUAUACAGAAGAGAUAGAGCGUCUGAAACGAGAUCUUGCUGCAGCCCGUGAAAAAAAUGGAGUGUACAUUUCUGAAGAAAAUUUCAGAGCCAUGAGUGGAAAACUAACUGUUCAAGAAGAACAAAUUGUAGAAUUGCUUGAAAAAAUUGCUGCUGUUGAGGAAGAGCUAAGUAGGGUUACAGAAUUGUUUAUGGAUAAUAAAAAUGAACUUGACCAGUGUAAAUCUGACCUGCAAAAUAAGGCACAGGAACUUGAAACCACUCAAAGACAUUUACAAGAAACUAAAUUACAGCUUGUUGAAGAAGAAUAUUUCACGUCAGCUUUGGAAAGUACUGAGGAGAAACUUCAUGAUACUGCCAGCAGGUUGCUUAACACAGUUGAAGAAACUACAAAAGAUGUAUCUGGUCUCCAUUCUAAACUGGAUCGUAAGAAGGCAGUUGAUCAGCACAAUGCAGAAGCUCAGGAUAUUUUUGGCAAAAACCUGCAUAGUCUGUUUAAUAGUAUGGAAGAAUUAAUUAAGGAUGGCAGCACAAAACAAAAGGCCAUGCUAGAAGUUCAUAAAACCUUGUUUGGUAACCUGCUGUCUUCCAGUGUCUCUGCAUUAGACACGAUUACUACAACAGCACUUGGAUCUCUCACAUCUAUUCCAGAAAAUGUGUCUACACUUGUUUCUCAGAUUUCUAAUAUGAUAUUAAAAGAACAGUCAUUAGCAGCAGAAAGUAAAACUGUACUUCAGAAAUUGAUUAAUGUACUUAAGAGUGACCUCCUCAGUUCACUGGAAACAGUUUUAUCCCCCACUGUGGUAUCUAUACUGGAAAUCAAUAGUCAACUAAAGCAUAUUUUCAAGACUUCAUUGAUACUGGCUAAUAAGGUAGAAGAUCAGAAGAAGGAAAUGGAUGAAUUUCUCAGUACACUGUGUAACAAUCUACAUGAACUAAAAGAAGAUACAAUUUCUUCCUUGGCUGAAACACAGAAGCUAUGUGAAAACUUAACUGAAGACCUGAAGACAAUAAAGAAAAUCCAUUCACAGGAACUUUGCCAGUUAAUCAGUCUUUGGAAGGAGAGAUUCUGUGCUUUGGAGGAAAAGUGUGAAAACAUGUGGAAACCACUUAACAGUGUUCAAGAAAAUACAGAGCAGAAAUCGAAAGAUAUAAUCAGCAAAACAACUUCUCACAGUGAAAAAUUUGGUGCUAAUUUUGAUGACUUGUCAGUGGAACUCAGACAUUUUAACCAGGAAGGUACAAAACUGGUUGAAGAGUCUGAGAAACACUGUGAUAAACUCAGUAGCAACCUUGAAGUAAUAUCUCAAGAGACUGAACAGAGAUGUGAGGCUCUGAACACAAGCACACUUUGUUUUUCUGAACAGUGGGUAUCUUGCUUAAAUAAAAGGGAAGAGGAACUUCAGAAUUUAUUGAAGGUUGUACAACAAGGUUGUGAGGCUUCAAGUUCAGAGAUUACUGAAAAAUUAAUUGGACAUAAAGCAGCUAAUGAGAACCAGCAUAACAUUCUUCUUGGUCAGAUAACUAUUGAUGAAGAAGAAUUAAUGACACAAAAUCAAGAACUUAAUAAAACCGUAAAAAUUGGUUUGACUAAGCUUAAUUGCUUUCUGCAACAGGAUCUGAAACUGGAUAUCCCAACAGGUACGACACCACAGAGGAAAAAUUAUUUAUACCCAUCAACACUGGUGAGAACCCAGCCACGUGAACAGCUCCUUGAUCAGUUGAAAAGGAAACAGCCUGAGCUGUUAAUGACGCUAAACUGUUCAGAAAACAACAAAGAAGAGACCAGUCAGGACUUGGAUGAAGAAAAGGCGGUUCUGGUGCACACUGUUGAAGAACCUCUAAGUCAAGAGCCAUCUGUAGACACUAGUUUGGAUUGUUCAUCAAGUGGUGGGGUUCCAUUUUUCCAGCAUAAAAAAUCACAUGGAAAAGAUAAAGAAAACAGAGGCAUUAAUCCGCUGGAGAGGUCUAAAGUAGAAGAAACUACAGAGCAAUCUGUUAUGAAGAGCAGAUUACCUCUACGAGCCCAGAACAAUUUUUAGUUAACUUGA